GGCGCGGGGCCGGGAGGCUGGGCGCGCAGGGCGAGGGCGGCGGCGGCGGUGUAGACUGCACCAUGUCGUACCCUGGCGCGGGCGGCGGGUACUACCCAGGCGGGUAUGGAGGGGCCCCUGGAGGGCCAGCAUUUCCCGGACAAACCCAGGAUCCGCUAUAUGGUUACUUUGCAGCUGUGGCUGGACAGGAUGGGCAAAUAGAUGCUGAUGAACUGCAGAGAUGUCUGACACAGUCUGGCAUUGCAGGUGGAUACAAACCUUUUAACCUGGAGACUUGUCGGCUUAUGGUUUCAAUGCUGGAUAGAGAUAUGUCUGGCACAAUGGGUUUCAAUGAAUUUAAAGAACUCUGGUCUGUACUGAAUGGCUGGAGACAACACUUCAUCAGUUUUGACAGCGAUAGGAGUGGAACGGUGGAUCCUCAAGAACUGCAGAAGGCCCUGACAACAAUGGGAUUUAGGUUGAGUCCCCAGGCUGUGAAUUCAAUUGCAAAACGAUACAGCACCAAUGGAAAGAUUACCUUCGAUGACUACAUUGCCUGCUGCGUCAAACUGAGGGCUCUCACAGACAGCUUUCGAAGACGGGAUACUGCUCAGCAAGGUGUUGUGAAUUUCCCGUAUGAUGAUUUCAUUCAAUGUGUCAUGAGUGUUUAAAUCAAGAAGCUGCGUGAAUAUAACAAACAUUCCAACUGGAGUUCUCCUUCGCCCUUACUCUUUGCCUUCAGUAAUGUGUGUAAACUUGCAUUGCCACUUUCCCUUAACUGCUAGUGUAAAGGUUUAUUACUUUAUGUACAACUGAAGUUUUGUUGUUAGUUUUGAUAAUAAAUUCUUUGAAACUUUAA